AUAUAUAGGCAGAACCAGCUGGGCUCCUCGGCAUUCACAAUUCAACCCAAAAAGAAAGAAAGAAAGAAAUAAAAAUGGCAUCUUCUUCUGCGCACGUAAAAGAAACGCUAGGUGAGCUGAACAAGGAGUCCUUUGUGAGCCUCCUCUCGAAGCUGAUUGGGGAAGCCAAGUACGUCCAGAACAAUCCCCCGGACCUGAUUCCAGAGGAAGACAGAGUGGCGAAACACGUGUUGGACUCUCUUCUUCCUUACAGCACAACCACAGGUGGAGGACCUUUGAUCGUCAACCAUGUCACCUAUCAUCAAGGCAGAGGCAAUAUCAUUGUGGAGUAUCCUGGGACUGUCCCUGGCAAUGUCUUGUCCUUCGUUGGUUGUCACAUGGAUGUGGUUACUGCUAAUCCUAAUGAUUGGGAAUUUGAUCCUUUCUCAUUGAGCAUUGAUGGUGAUAAACUUCGCGGCCGUGGAACUACUGAUUGUUUGGGGCAUGUUGCGCUUGUAACUGAACUCAUGAAGAGGCUAGGGGAGACAAAACCAAAAUUGAAGUCCACUGUUGUUGCUGUCUUUAUAGCCAAUGAAGAGAAUUCUGCCAUUUCGGGAGUUGGUGUGGAUGCACUCGUGAAAGAUGGACUACUUAAUAAGCUGAAGGAUGGUCCACUGUUUUGGAUUGACACAGCAGAUAAACAACCUUGUGUUGGUACUGGUGGUAUGAUUCCUUGGAAACUUAAAGUGACUGGGAAGCUUUUUCACAGUGGUUUAGCCCAUAAGGCUAUAAAUCCUUUGGAGCUAGCAAUGGAAGCAUUAAAAGAGAUCCAAUCAAGGUUUUACAGAGACUUUCCUCCCCAUCCUAAGGAACAGGUCUAUGGGUUUGCAACACCUUCAACCAUGAAACCAACUCAAUGGAGUUAUCCAGGAGGUGGAAUCAAUCAGAUUCCAGCUGAGUGUACAAUUUCAGGAGAUGUCAGGUUGACUCCCUUCUACAAUGUAAAGGAUGUUGCAGUUUUAUUCUAUGAAGUUAUUGUAGAAGCUCUUAUAAGCUUUGACAUAAAGGUUGAUUACAAAGAACUGAUUCAUUUCAUUAUGCAUCAUAUUUCAGGUUUAAUGGCCACAUACCAUGCCAAGAAUGAGUAUUGUCUUCUUUCUGACAUGUGCCAAGGCUACCAGGUCUUUGUCAGCAUCAUCUCUCAGUUAGAAGAUUGACGAUACAAGGAUAUGCUAAAAGUAAAACCCAAUAAUGGCCCUUAACUGUGUUUUCAACAUCCAGCUCAUUACGGUUGGAUAAACUUUAUUGAUGUGAUUGGCGUAAUAUUUCAGAAUGCACAAUAAGCCUGUUUUUCUGAUCUGGAUUUUAUUCAUUUAGAUUUGCUUAUCCUUAUAGUUUCAUGUGAGAUUUAGUAU